ACAGAGAGACAAGAGGAAGAAAAUGACAGGGCGCGCAAAAAGAAAAACCAAACCAAAUCAGGAGUCGCGCUCAGCCAAUGGAGAGGUGAAGAAAGCCCGAGCUGAUGAACCUAAAGCUAUGCUAUCAUCAAGAGUCGGCGCAGAGCAACGUGAUGAGUUGGCUCAGCUGUAUGGUUUUCACAUGCCAGAGGAUCUGUGCCACUUCUGGGACUUCUGCAAGGAGCUCAGUCCUGACAACCCCUGUGGUGCCGUGAAAGACACGCUGGGUCUCCAGCUGGUCGGCCCUUUCGACAUUCUGGCAGGAGCUAACAGAAACGCCAAGAAUCCUCAGCCCAACUUUCAUCUGCAUUGGAGGUAUUUUUAUGACCCACCAGAGUUUCAGACAAUUCUCAAAGGGAGUGAGGAUUCCCAGCAUCACAUGGGAUACUACAGGGAUAGCCCAGACUCUCUGCCUUCGUUUGUUGGGGAAAAUCAUGCCAAGAAGGGCUGCAGCAUAACACAAAUGGGAGAUAACAUCUUUGCGGCUGUUUACCUGCAUUUGCUGAGGAAGAAGAAAGAGAGAAAUAGUAAAAGAGCAGAAGAAGAGGCUUUGGAAAGCCUGGAGUCGAAGCUGAGAGACCAGGCUGAGACAUUGGGAUUUUCUUUAGAGCAGAAGACCAAAGGCAUGAAGCAGCGGGACAGAAAGGUCGUUGCCAAGACCUUUCAUGGUGCUGGUAUUGUUGUGCCUGUGGACAAGAAUGAUGUAGGAUACAGAGAACUACCAGAAACAGAUGCUGGUCUCAAGAAGAUCUGUAAAGCCAUUGCAGAAGCUCGGAAUGAUGAGGAACGUGUCAAAGCCUUUGGGCCAAUCCAGGAGAUGAUGACAUUUGUUCAGUUUGCUAAUGAUGAAUGCGACUAUGGAAUGGGCUACGAACUUGGAAUUGACCUUUUUUGUUAUGGAUCGCAUUACUUUCAUAAGGUUGUCAAGCAACUUCUACCAAUGGCCUACAGCUUGCUGAAAAGGAAUUUGUUUGGGGACAUUUUGGAGAGCCAUCUGAGCAGCCGCAGCCAUAACAACUUGGACCAACUCUCUGCACAAUAAAAUAAAAGACUCAGCAGUCCAUUAGAAGUUCUCAUUCUGGUUCUUAUAAGCUUUCCUGCCAUGUAUAUUUGAUUACUGGUGUUUGUCAUGGUUAAUGCUUUUUAGUGAUUCUGUUGCUGCUGUCAUUUAUGGAAUCAUUUCAGUGAUAUAUUGUUAAAUUUACAUGUGUAAUAAAGUCGUUUUAUAUUUUUA